AUGCAAAAGGAAGAAGAUAUUUUUGGUGAAUUGGAGUAUUGGGCAACUGCCAAAUUGGAACUUUUCAAAGUAACCGACUCUGGACAGCUCCUAUUAUUUGUUGACGCAGAAAAAUGGUUCGGCACUUUCCCGCGCAACUUAGUGAUUAAGUCUCUUCGGUAUCUGAGGUCCUCAGUAGGGUGUGCGAUCUGUAAGAUAGCAAAUGCACGUUUCGAUGUGGGACUCUGGGCGUCAAUUGUGAGGUUGCCACGCGUCAAAGGGGGCGAGGUUGCCCUAAUGUUGCGAUCGGUCGGUUUGAUACCGAAGGUGGGUGCCGAAGGCACACCUGGCCCUGGAGUCCCCCAAGUCCCCUUGCGAGAGUCCUCGGAAGGGGAUUUGAAAUUGUCUUCGGGAGGAAUCACGGCCUUAUCGUUCGGUAACCCAACCUGGGGAAGGGGCCAAACUUUGUUCCUUCCGGCAUCAUCAGUUCAGAGGCUGACGUUGGCGAAGUCAGAAGGUCGCGUCGAGCCGACGGGUGAAGGGACGUCUGAGCGCUUCGACUUCCGCGCCUCGCGUGUCGUCUGUUCCCCACAGGAUGAGCGACACGUGGCGAAAGUAAUGAUGGCGCGCGGCGCAUUAAUGCGCCGUUUGGUUUUUCGAGGAGUACCGUUGCCAAACACCCUCCCUAUAAAUAGGGAUGACCCCGGAGGCGAAUUCACUUUGCAUUUAGUGAGAAGUGAGAGCUCUAUGUCUGAUAGCGAGUCAUUCUCUGAGCGCGAGCCCAAUGCGUUCGAUGAGGAGUUAUCGGACGGUCUCUUUGACUCCGACGGCGAAGAGGCAGGGCCUGAUGCCGAGGGUGGGAGUGAUAUUGACGUCGAGAUACUCGGCGAAGGGCCCAGCUCCAUUCCAACACACGGAGUCGGAAAGGGGCUAAUGACCGCUCCCGUCCCGUUGUCAAUCGUUUAUAGUGACGGCCGCCACGUGGGCCUCGGUAUGCCUGGGGAGGCGAGCGGUAGCCGUCAGUCAGAGACCUCCACCUCCGGCCGUGGAGAGUCGGCAGCUAAACCACCAUCUGGGCCCAGGGUAUCGGUAGUGUACCCAAGCAACCUAGGAUGCCCAUGGGGGUGCCGAAGGAAAACUUAUUCGGCGUCGACUAUCUUGGGCCGAACAAGAUUACCGAUCGGGAGAUUGCCAAAUUUCGAGCAGAAUACCGCAUUCCCGACUCGGUACGGAUGA